GAAGUUCGCACAGUAUCAAGUAAAAGAUCUCACGAUGAUGAAACUCCGUCUUGUCUUCCUAAUGAUUUCCAGCUGUACUUUAAUGUACCAUGUCACGUGUAACGUGGGUGUGUAUAGGAUUCCCGAGACGAGAUCAAAUGUGGACGUCAAGUCGAUAGUGCCUGCAUGUUUUAUGGAAAGUGUGGAUAAUUACAUCAAACAGAGUGGUUAUCAAAUCGCCAAAGAAGGACAGACACACCCAAACGAAAACCGGCAAAUAUUCAAACUGGUCGUCUACAAAAUACUGGACGAAACGUUAAACGUACUCGGCAAAUUCACAGUGUUAGUAGUGGCGAUGAUCGAAAGAAACAAGACUGCGACGUCACUAGAAUUCAUUUUAGAUUAUAUUGGACAAAAAAUGUCCAAGUUAAGUCGCUGUUUGGAAUUUCUAUUCAACAACAAAGCCGAAGUGUCGGAUCUGUUAACCGGAUAUAUAUUCUACAGCGAUUUCAAGUAUAUCUUCAAAACCUACUACGGGGAAUAUUACACGUACAACAAUAUCGGUAAUGUCAUGUCUGUUCGAAUCAAGGGGCAACAAUGGCUGGAGUACUUGCAACGAGUGCCGGCAGAGGAAACGUACCAGCAGCUAUACACGGAAGUAGAACAGUCCUUAGAAGACAUUUCUAAAACUUAUCAACAUCUGGUUGGAAGAUCCAACGAGUGGUUGUCGCCCCAGUGUUUGAAAUGGAGACACUUAUUUGAAUCCAACUCGAUGGUCGUAGAUUAUUUCAAGGUUACAGUUAUUGACAAUGAAAAUCUGUAUAAUCAUUAUUUACAAAUCGCGCGUGAAACUAAUUCGGUAAAAGUGAUGAAUUUUUAUGUAAACGUGGGAAAAGCACUGGACAAUAUCGUCCUGCAAAUGGCAACCGACAUGACGAAUUCCUUGUUGAAUCUAAUAUUGCGACUCAUCGUAGACCUAUCAACCAGAGACAACAGUUUUACACAGCUCAACCUAGCUUACCAAUUGGUAGACACUUUCUUAACGUCGGUAAUUCAUUUCGAAAAUCGGAUGACUUACGGUAAACGACUUAAGAGUUCUACACAAUUACUUAGCAGCCCGGCAAUAAAAGUACUAGAGGAUUAUAUUAACUAUUGCAAGAACUUCAAUGCAAUAACCUUCCCCAACACAGAGGUGCCGUUUUUAGAACAACUCGAAAAAAGUUUCAAAAAGCAUGUUCCGGGUAUCGUACUUGAUUUGCCAAUGAUUACCAAAAAACUAGUUCAAGAUGGCAGCACUCAAAUAAAUAUCAUCGGCAACAUGGAGAGGAUUACGAAAGGAAUUAAUGUGAUGCUCGACGACACAUCAACCAAAUAAAAUUAA